AUGGUGUCUCGGGAGGGAUCUGCGCUGCAAACGCCUCCCGGAGACCAUGCGGGCGCCAUUCCUUGUUUUUUCUUUUUCCUGGCCUCUCCCUUGCAGACAGCAACCCUACCAAGGCCUCGUCUCCAAAAACCUCGAUAUGCCUUGAGUACAUGGGUAGCUCGUCACAUUCCUCUGCCAGGAGCUAGCCUGCGUUUCCACGGUCAAAUCAUCACAUAUGGGUCGACGACAAACAAGACUUUGGGAAUACCCGCAUUAGUGUUGAGCCGUGGCAAUGCUUGUAGUUUUUUUUUUUUCAUUGAGCAGCACCACUUCGUAUUAAGUGAAACUGCUCAAGGCAGAGAGAGAAAGCCAAGAAUUUCAAAAUACAGCCGAGGAUCCCCCGACCGUUUCAAAUUUUCGGCGCCGUCCGAUUUAGGACCGAAUGCACCGGAGACAUCACCGUAUCCGCAAUAG